GCUCAAGGCACCGCCCGUGAUUUGUACCUGGAACCCCCUUGCAGUGCGCUUUAUUGCAACCCAUCCCUUUUGCCGUGAUUUCCCUGAUGUGCACUGUCCGCUGCCGUGAGGAAUUUUGAACACGUCGAAGGCACGCAGAGAGAAUAGCGAUUGUCCACGACGCACACUGUUGUUAUGACGCACGCAGCACGCCUGUCCCACAUGCACGCAGCGCCGCCCACAAACAGCACGAGCACACAGCAAACACCCAGCCCUCACGCCCGCCCUAACACCACUGCGACGAAACCCUCACGUGCGCGCUUCAUUCACCACACGCAUGCGCGCGCUCGCAGCAGAGCCUGAACGAAAUGGCGGCCGUCGACACUCCACGGUCCGUUGAUCUCGUGCGCACCGCCUCGCAGACUUCGACGCACUCCAACCCCAGAAACCGCAGCAUACAACGCGUACGGCCAAGCAAGCGAGCCUCAAAUGCGUCUAUGAGCCGCAGCCGUAGCAGGCACCCUUCUCCACCCGAGGACACCAAGAGUCUGACCUCAUUCCCCUCGCUAUCACCGAGUCCAGAUGCAUCCCCAGUACAGUCGCGCAUCAACGGCUGGUUUCGCGCUUCCAGUGGUGUGGCAGACGAGAUUGUCAAAAAUGACGAGAGCAACAUUGUAGCGUCGCCAGAUACUGUAAAGGCUGUGCCGCCACUUGAUGCUGCAAAGAGCCCUCUUCCAGCGGCAACGGUGAGGAAGGUUACCAAGUCGACACAGCAGAUUGUGGGAAGCUUGAUGGGCGCACCCUCAGCCAGAGACCGCUCCGCACUCUUCGACGACACACCGGCCGAACCCUCGAAAGUGCCUGGCAACUUGCACUUCUCCACCGACCAGAACAUCCGAGAUAUCAUCGACCAGGCCGGCGCCGUUGCCCUUGUCAGGCAGUUGGCCGGCGAUCUAGCACAGCGAGAUGCCCAAAUCACUGCUUUACGACGAAGAGCCGAGGAGCGGGAGAGGAUAUUGAAGAAGAUGCUCCAGGAAUGCGAGGUCUCGAACAUGGACAUCGAAACCCGACUUCGCGAUCUCGAGAAGACCAGAGAACAAUCGAACGAAAUUACAAAACAGCGAACAAGGGGUGACAGUGCGCUCUCUGGUCUGCAUCCAGAUGACCCUAUGGAAGACAGACUAGCACGGGCUAUGGAGGACGAAGUCGCACAACACCCUGACGCUCUAGGCAUCGACACUGUAGGCUCAGCACCACGGGCUGACGUGGCCUCGAUCUACUCAACUGCUUCAGACGCACCACGCGACACAGGGCGACCCGGCUGGAAGAGCUACAUUUGGAAUGGCACAAGCAGAAAGAGCAGCAGAGCUCCCUCGGUUGCAAGCAUGGUCGAUAGAGACGCGUCGAGUCUGUCAGGGCAAACAAGGUCACGGGCGAACAGUGGAGCCAGGGCACCUCGAAAGGCUCUCGUAAACGAUCUUUUCGUACCUCCCGGUUCAGCUAAAGGAGGCAAUGCGGUCCCCGCUCUGCGCCGCUUACAGAGUCACGACCAGUGCGGUGAAGGUUCGAGUCGUCGAUCCUCCUCAGUAUCUCUCGCAAGCUGGGCGUUGAAGAUGGUUGCUGGGAAUAACCAAGCGAGCAACACCAAGGCUAGCACAGUCAGAGGCCGCAAGCGCACAGAUUCAGACGCUGCAGAUCGUACACCUUCUGUGGUGUCGACACGAACCACUCAGUCUGCUAAAUCGUCUCUGGCGAAUGUCCAGAAGCGAAACCUUGGCCCCAACGGAACUAUCAAAAGUAUUGCUGGCGACACGCCAAAAAUUGGUUCCAGCAUUGCAAGCCCACAGCCUUCUCGCGGCAUGAGCAACCUUGGACCAGUUGAAAUGGACCGUAUAUUGCCUGAGGACUCAAGACCACCGACAUUGGUCCAGCAUCACAACCGAUUCGUUGGAAGCAGCGAAUACCUGACCGAUCGAUUUGGAUUCAUUUACGAUCAGCGUCGAAAGAAGAGACAAAGCGAGGCCGCAGCUGCUUUGACCCAACACAAGCGAAACAAUAAGGUAGAGUCUCUUGGAGGUGGCAGAUCUGUUGUCAACCUCAUGGGGCUUGACGAAGAAAACGAGGACCCUGCUUCAGCAGCGAGCGGCGACCCUUCACGACCCUCCAGUUCAGGCUCGGAUGAUCUGAGCAACAAACCCGUAUCUAAGUCGUGGGUUGACUACCUCAAGCUUGCGACACAGCCAACUGAGCUCUUGUCCCACACGCCAUCCGCAGCACCUAUCACGACUGUAACCGUGGAGGCUGCCGAAGCUGAAUUGUCCAACCCAAAGAGUCAGAUCACAAUGACUAAGCGCGGGUCUCUGCCAUCGUCGAGCACGAACCCAGAGCCUGCACCAACUCGUGUCUUUUCGAACCAUGCCGAGCUCUCUGUUGUCACACCUUCGACACCCACAACGCCGAUCAGCCCCUACCCACCCUCUCAAACCGACCCUGUGAAGUCGCUGCUAGACCAGAUGAGUGAGCUCCACGAUAACAUCCAGAAGGAGCGAACGCAAAUCUGGAAUGAGUUUCACAAGAAGGCCCGGGCACAACAAAAGCGUGAGGGCGAUGCCGCUGCCGACAGCGGCUCGAAGGCUAUGCCUGAGACCCUCCUCACUGACGGGGAGAUCAUUGGCAUUGCCAGCUUAGGCAACAAAGGCAAGGUUGGCCGCGCCAAAUGGCAAGAGUUUCGUCGCCUCGUUCUGGGUGGCAUACCUGUCAGCUACCGAGCUAAGAUCUGGGCUGAGUGCAGCGGUGCCUCCAGCUUGCGCAUACCAGGCUACUAUGAAGACUUGGUUAACAACGGCGAAACCGAUCCCUCGAUUGCAACACAGAUCGAGAUGGAUAUCACGCGUACGCUCACCGACAACAUAUUCUUCCGCACGGGACCUGGCGUGCAAAAGCUGAACGAAGUCCUGCUUGCAUACUCACGUCGCAAUCCAGAGGUUGGGUACUGCCAGGGCAUGAACCUCAUUACUGCUUGCCUCCUGCUCAUCAUGCCUACCGCUGAGGACGCAUUCUGGGUUCUGGCCACAAUGAUCGAAAACAUUCUGCCCCAGAACUACUACGAUCAGAAUUUGCUCACUUCUCGCGCCGAUCAGACAGUUCUACGCUCAUAUGUUGUCGAGUUGCUGCCAAAGCUGUCUGCCCACCUCGACGAGCUAGAGAUCGAGCUUGAAGCGUUGACCUUUCAAUGGUUCCUGUCUGUCUUCACAGAUUGUCUUUCGGCCGAGGCGUUGUUCCGCGUUUGGGACGUUGUUCUGUGCAUGCACGAUGGUUCGACUUUCCUCUUCCAGAUCGCUCUUGCCCUGCUCAAGCUGAAUGAGAAGGCGCUCCUGCAGUGCGACACCCCAGCAGGUGUCUACCACUACAUCAACCACCAGAUGACGAACCACGCUAUCUCUAUCGAUGGCUUGAUACAAGCUUCUGAUGCCCUAGGUCGUUUCGUCAAGCGUAAGGAUGUUGAAGAGAGGCGUGCACGGGCCGUGGCGCAUGAACAAGAGCUCAUGAGGCAGCGUGAGGAGGCACGACUCGAGCGUGCCAGGAAGAGGGCUAGCAAGGCCUCUGUCACUACCGAAGAGCCAGUGUCGCCUGUGACGCAAGAGGACACGAAGUCGAUAUCUGCCAGUCUCGAUGCAGAGCUGUCGAUGCAGACGAGUCCCAUGCGUACACCUUUGUCUGGCCAUAGUCAGCGCAGCGAAGAAGAAGAAGAUGCAGAACGACUGAACCGCGAGCUCGAACUCGCUGAACGCACGCCGAUGCCUAUGGAGGAGGAGUUCUCGUGGCGAGCGUAGUAGAGUGUUGGGUACAGCAUCAUAACUUUUUGAGCAUACACUUUCCUUUGUCAACCACAUUGCAUCGAUUGGCGCUAUAUACUUUAUUGUCUUGGGUCGCGUAGCAUACAUAUACCCCUUUCCUUCCUUUCUAUGCCGCAUGCUGCAUACCCUUUUGGGCCUUCGAUACCCUCACUUUUCGUUUUGUGUCGAUAGACUCUGACUCAUCCUACAGUUAGGUAGCUUUGUUGCAUAAUACAUAUCAACGCAAUUCGUUGGGUAGCUCACAUUGACACUGUUGUUGGGUGUCUUCUACAUCUUCAAGCCCUAACGCCAUGGAUACUGGAAAGCCUUCUGGAGACGCAUCAGCUACAGCUGAUCAGCAUAUACUGUACUAGGCCAAAAGUUUGUUCGCUUAGCGGACUUCCUUACCAAAAGUCACCUCUUUCACCUUAAGAUAUCUA